AUGCUGAAAUUUCUAGUCGCUCUCCAGGUGCUUUUUGCUUUACCAGCUUUUGGAUUUCCUGCUGAAAAGUCCUCUAAUGUCUCGAGAACUGAAGAAAAUGCUGUUAUUGAAAAAAUUGGAACAUCUCAGGAGGUGACAGUGAUUGAUGGAAAUUAUAGUGGGAAUGAGACAAACAUUCGCACCGCUCGAAAAUCCUAUGGUGGUGGAAGCCGUUCUUCUUCUUCUUCUCGUAGCUACUCCUCUUCAGGAUCUCGCAGUUACAGUAGUAUUGGAAGAUUCAGAAGCUAUUCAAGAUUCGGAAGUUCUUCCUCAUCGUAUAGUCCUAGCUACUACUCGUCAUACUCUUCAUACUACAGUAGUCCGAGCUACUACUCAUAUUACAGUCCGAGCUAUUAUGGAAGCUACUAUGGAUACGGUAAUUAUGGCUACAGUAAUUAUGGCUACAGUAACUAUGGAUAUGGCUACAACAACAACAACUAUUAUGGUUAUAACAAUUGUCAGAAUAACUACUAUUAUGGUUCCUAUUAUGGAUGUUCUUCUAGUAGCAACUCCUACGUUCCGCCCGUCGAUACAGUGGCGGUCACCAUAGCCACCACAGCUACUCCGGUUCUCAUUUCCAUCAUCAUAUCGGUGGAUACGGCUACCAUCAUCAUUUCCAUCACAUGCAUCAUUCUCAUCAUUACUAUAGCCCCAGUUAUUAUUAUGGAUAUUACAGUAGCCCGAGUUAUUAUAACUACUACUAUCCUAGCUAUUAUUAUAGCAGUUACGGUAGUUAUGGUUACGGUAACUAUGGAUAUGACUAUAACAGUAACAGUUAUUAUGGCUAUAAUAAUUGCCAAAAUAAUUACUAUUAUGGAUGCUCUUCGAAUUAUUAUUAUGGCAGAAAAUAAAAAAAAAUCCAAAAUUUUCUAA